AUGGACCCUCACCCGAGUGGAAACCUCGACCCUCCACCUCCUCUAGCCGCGGAUUUUGAAGAUCCAUCUUGCAACUACCCACUAGAAAGAAAACACUAUCUAUACGGCCAUCGAAAGAUCCCCGAAAUUCUCAGGAUGUGGUACCAAUCGUCAAGAGAAGUGAUCAUCAUUUUCCUUUUCGAAUCUCGGAUCUACUAUAAGUUCAACAGGGCCGGCGGAUUCAAUCUGCGAUCAACAUUGCAGGACCUCUCUCGGGAGCACAUCUUCCUAAUCAUCAAUGAUUUCGGCAUUAGGGUACCAGAUACACAUAAGGCUUAUGAUGAGGCACUGAAGGAGCGUUUGUUGCUUGUUGCCCGAAGGGAUAACCCAGGUCGACGAAAAGAUGACGUUGGGCAAAUAUCCGUUGACAAGCUCCGGGAGUGCUUUAAAUUGAGCCAGUACGAGGAACUAGGCGCACCCCAGGCAGAAUGGGUGUGCGGGAGGUGGGGAGGUGAAUCGACCAUUGGAUUGCCAAAAAGGUGUCGCACGCCCAUUGCCACGGCCUAUUCCCACCGUGGCGAGCCCAAAAUGCGCCGCAGAUGGUUGUGUACGCCUGGUGAUGCUAUCGGCAGAGAGAUCUUCAAAAGAAUGGGGAAGCUUUCUUCUAGCAUCGUCUUCCUAUCCAGACACCAGAAAAGAUCACAAUGGCCGAAAAACGUCGAUUGA